GUCAGAGAGGCCGAGGUGAAAGACAAAGAUGACUACAUCCGGCGGAAGGAUUUGGACAUCAGUGAGAUGCGGCGGCGGGUGGAGAGUGAGCAGGCGGAGUCGCAGCGCUGCACGUCACAGGUCGACACGCUGGAGACGAACUAUCGCGCCAAGCUGAAGGAGAUGAGCAGCAUCCUCGCACGCGAGAAGGAGAAGACAACCAACCUGACGCACAAGUUCUGGUGAAGGAUCAGGAGGGAGUUAUCCGGGAGCUAGAUCCGGAUCUCGUCACAGCUGAGGAGCAGCACUCCUGGGGAUCGCUCGGCAGGAAGGACAUGCGCAGUGCCGUCGCUAGGGAAGAUCGCGUUGCCAAGGCGACGUCGGCGGCUACGCAGAUCCGGCUCGAGUUCCGGUUGAAGGAGACGGAGGACCAGCUGAAGAAGGCACGGGAGCAGGUUAAGAACCAGAUGAGAGAAAUCGCAUCACUGCAGGAAAAACUGAAGGAGAAACCAGAGCAGGCUAAGGAGAUGAGGCGCCCUCUGUGGGGUCGACUCAUGGACUCCAAAGGUAUCACGGGCAUUAGCAAUGGUGCAGCA